AUGAGGAUGGGAAAGGUCUUGAUCACAAGGGCCGGGGUCGAGUCAACCUCGAAGGAGCCCUCUCGGUCUCUUUCUCCGGCACCUGCACAUCCGAAGCAGAUGGACGGUGGCACAGUAGCCUGGUUGCAAGUGGUAGCCUCCUUCCUGCUCUUCUUCAACUCUUGGGGUCUCGUCAACACCUAUGGUGCAUACCAGACUUUCUACCAUUCCCAUCUCCUAGCGAAUGAAUCGGAUUCGAGCAUCUCGUGGAUCGGAUCCGUACAAGCUUUCCUCCUCCUCCUCUUCGGUCUACUCACCGGCCCGCUGUACGACAGAGGCUAUCUUCGAGCGCUCAACAUCGCCGCAACCGUUCUGAUCGUGCUCGGAAUGAUGAUGACGAGUAUCAGCAGGCACUAUUACCAGAUCAUGCUCGCCCAAGGCGUGUGCACGGGACUGGGGAUGGGUUCGAUCUUCAUUCAGAGUAUAGCCAUCCUCUCGGCUUACUUUACUGAGCGACGUGCUCUUGCAACUGGCAUCGCCGUAUGCGGGAGUAGCUUGGGAGGCAUCAUCUAUCCUAUUGUCUUUCAACGCUUGCAGCCUAGCAUCGGUUUUGGCUGGGCGACAAGAGUGCUCGCUUUCAUCGUGCUCGCCACUCAGAGUGUUGCAGUGGUACUGAUGCGACAACGGCCAGGGACAACGACAACCAGACCACGAGCUCUGAUCGACCUUUCCGCCUUAACCGAACCUCCAAUGCUCGUCUUCUCCUUUGCCGCCCUCUUAGCAUUCAUGGGCCUUUACAUCCCUUACUACUACAUUGCCAUCUACAGCCAACACAAGGUUCCGAACAUGCCCCCGUGGCUGCUCCCCUACCUGGUCCCGCUCCUCAACCUUGGCAGUGUCUUUGGCCGACUGAUACCCAACCUGCUUGCCGACAAAUUUGGCUGCCUCAACAUGUUUGUCGUCACCAGCAUCUCGGCCUCCAUCACCGCUUACGCAUGGUUAAGCGUGGACAGCGUACCCAAGCUCAUCCUCUUUUGCAUCUUCUAUGGCGCCUUUUCGGGCAGUUACGUCGCAUUGCAAGGUCCAACCGUGGCUAUGCUGACCCAAGACAAGUCGAGGUUGGGAUCGCGCAUGGCAACCUCCUGCGUCUUUGCCGCCAUCGCCGUUCUCAUCGGCAAUCCUGCUGCCGGUGCGAUCAUCAAUGUGGAAGCGCGGCACUUCAAGCCGGCUCAGAUCCUUUGUGCGACGUUGAUUGUGGGAGCGACAAUGUGUCUGAUGUUGACAAGGUAUCUUUGCGCUGGGAACAAGGUGUUUGUCAAGGUGUAG